GGGGCACAGGAGGCACCGCCCGCUUCCCAUGCACGGGGCGCUUCUCCGGUGAGCGCGGAUUCCCGCUGCCCGCCCUGUGCCCCGUCCCCGGCGGCACCGGACCCUGCGUGGCCCCUAAGAUGGCGAGCGGGAUGAAUGGCUCGGGCGGCGGCGGCGGCGGCGGCGGCAGCGAGGAGGAGCCGGGCGCCCGGCACACGGGAGGCGGAGCCGCGCCCCAGCAGGAGCCCGGCGUGCUCGGCGCGGCGGCGGGCGAGGGGGAGCCGGCGGCGGGCGAGGGCGGGCGCUGCCCGUCCCCUCAGCCGCACCACCUGCUGCUGCUGCUGCGGCGCUCGCCCAGCGCCUCGCUGUGCACGGCGCCCGAGGCCGCCCCCGCGCCGGGCCGGGCCGUUCCCUCGGCGGGCCGCGGCGGGCAGCCCCCCCCGGCGGGCCGCGGCGCCGGCGAGGACGUGAGGAAAUGCGGGUACCUGCGGAAGCAGAAGCACGGGCACAAGCGUUACUUCGUCCUCCGGGCCGAGAGCCACCUGGCCCCCGCCCGGCUGGAGUACUAUGACAGCGAGAAGAAGUUCAAGAGCAGCCUGCGGGCGGCGGGGGCUGGCGGGGCGGCCGCGCUGUGCUGCCCGCCGCCCAAGAGGGUCAUCCCCUUGUACCAGUGCUUCACCGUGAGCCGCCGGGCCGACGCUAAGCACAAGCACAUCAUCGCCCUGUACACCAAGGACGAGUACUUCGCCAUGCUGGCCGAGAACGAUGCCGAGCAGGAGGCCUGGUACCAGGCCAUCAGCGAGCUCAUGAAUCAGAGCAAGAGGGGCUUCCUGGAGCAGGAGGACCAUGCCGAUCAGCAGGUGGACGAGGAUGAUGAGCACUAUGGGGCCGCCCUCAGGCCUGGCACCGUGUUCAAGGAGGUGUGGCAGGUCAACGUGAAGCCCAAAGGCUUGGGACAAACGAAAAACCUCACUGGAGUGUACAGGUUGUGCCUCUCCAGCAAGGCCAUCCACCUUGUCAAGCUGAACUCGGAGGUGCCGUCUGUUCACUUGCAGCUUAUGAACAUUCGCCGCUGUGGACACUCAGAGAACUUCUUCUUCAUUGAAGUGGGCAGAUCUGCCUCUAUUGGUCCUGGAGAGCUCUGGAUGCAAGUGGAUGAUUCGGUUGUUGCCCAGAAUAUGCACGAGACUUUUCUGGAUACCAUGAAAGCUCUAAAGGCCUUUGCAGAGUUCAGGCCCCGAAGCAAGAGCCAGUCUUCUGGUGGUGGCAGCGGUACCAAUCCCAUAUCCUUCAUCACCACCAGAAGGCACUUGGGCAACCUACCCCCCAGCCAGACAGGCUUGCAGAGAAGAUCUAGAACUGAGAGCGUUGCUGGAGGCACUCCUCCUACCACCAAAAGCAACAACUCCUAUCGCUUCAGAACAUCCAGUGAAGGAGAAGGAACCAUGACUAGACCUUUUAGGUCAGUGACUGGGAGUCUGAUCCACCUGAAUACUGCAAGGAUGAAUUUGGGCCGGCAAGAAGGGAGUGGAAGGUACGUGAGAGCUGCUUUCAGCUCAUCUUAUCACACGAGGUCUGCUUCGCUGCCUGUUUCUCAUUUUCCCUCCACCACAAGUCCCAUCAGUGUUUCUUCCAGCAGUGGCCAUGGUUCUGCUUCGGACAUGCUGACCAGGCCUUCUAGCUCAUCUGUUUGUGGUUCCCCAAGUGAUGGGGGAUUCAUCUCUUCUGAUGAGUAUGGCUCCAGCCCUGGAGAUUUCAGGUACUUUAGGGUGAGGAGUAAUACACCAGAUUCCCUGGGAAACACACCACCUAUCAGAGAGGAGAACUGUCUGAGUGAGUACAUGUCCAUGAAUAAGCAACAGGGAGAUGAUGGCUCAAGAGAUGAUUAUAUGGAAGCUGAAAAAUGCUUCAGGAAAAGAGCUUACUCUCUAACAAAGCCAACUUCUGUGGCAGUGCAGCAGAAGACAACACAAACUACAGCUUUGUUGGAUGAAGAUUCUGCAGGAAAUCAUGGACGAGUACUUUACUCUGAAACACCAAAAUUGAAAGAUAACCAUGAGUUGGAGUACAGUGACACUAACCUUGAUUCCAUGUGUAACCAAAGCAGGAGUAAAGCCAGGGAUGAUGGGUACAUGCCAAUGAUGCCAGGAGUUGCAUCUUCUCUAUCCAGCACCAGCGAUUAUUUGCCAAUGACUCCUAAAAGCAUGUCUGUUCCAAAACAGAUUAACAAUUCAUGGUCACCAUCUCAAGUUGACUCCCGAGGCUAUAUGAUGAUGUUUCCAAAGGGCAGCUCUUCACCUGUAUGGAGUCCUUUAACUGGAUUUGCUUCUAAAGGAAGUAAUGAGAAGAUCGUAAACAACGAGUAUAUGGAUAUGUCACCUGGCAAUUCAGUUCCAAAACACCCCAGUGAUUCAAAUUAUAUUCAUACCACUUCUGUUUCCAAAGGUUUUAGUUCAUAUUUUUCUUUGCCCCGAAGCUUUAAGGCAUUAUCAGGACAAAAUGGUGACCACAGUGAAUAUGUUCCAAUGUCUUCACCUGGAAAACUCUUCUAUGGUGCACCAGAAAAUGUAAAGGGAGUCAGCAGUGAGACUCUGGCUAAUGGCAUCUCUAAAUUGCCGACGUUGAAAGGUUCGGAUGAAGGACUUGUGCAGAACAGGGCUACCAGGCCCACACGACUGCCCCUAGGUACAAGAGGGAGUAAUACCAUCCCCAGAAUGUAUGAUCGUACAGUUCCACCUGAGCCAGCGAGUCCUGGUGAAUACAUAAAUAUUGAUUUUAAUGAAAAGGCGAGUAACACACCAUAUUCCUUAUCUGCAGAAGGAUCUCCAUCAUCUCUAGGCUCAAGUAGUGACCACAGACAGUCACCACUCUCUGAUUACAUGAGUGUUGACUUGGAUGUGCAGUCACCGAAAGCAGCGAAGGAACUGUCGAACUCUCUAACAGAUAUUUCAAUUUAUGCAAGUUCCAGUAUUCCUAGAAACCAACAAAACCCUGACUAUGCCAGGCUUUCAUUUGGUGCUGCAUGUGUUAGCACGGCAAGUAACAGGACUGAUGACUAUACUGAGAUGACAUUCAACAUGGCAGCAACACCACCAAGGCCAUUUGCCACUGAAUCUGACAGUGCUGUAAAGAUGGAUAGUCCUUCUUCCAUCGUUAAUAGACUCUGCAUUGUUGAUCGAUAUGCAGGUAGCAGUAACUUCUCUGUCCCUAGCUCUGACCCUCCUAUAGGACCGAAAGUGAUUCGAGCUGACCCUCAAGGCAGGAGGAGACACAGUUCUGAAACGUUCUCUUCUGCUGGGACUGUGACGACCUCAUCGUCUUUCUUUACUGACAGUAGCAAAAGACACAGCUCUGCCUCAUUCGACAAUGUUUGGUUAAAACCCGAUGAAAACAUUUCUGAUGGUCAGGAAAACAAAAUGUCCAGGGAUACCUCAACUGGAUUUCAGAAUGGCUUAAACUACAUUGCUCUGAAUUUACGUGAUGACCCUCUAAGCUGUGAGGCGAGUACUACAGCGCCAGCUUGCCAUCUCCAAAAUGGUACUUCAGGUUUGGACAGUGGAGCUUAUGUAAGCAUAGAUUUCAGCAGAUCAGAUGGGCUGAAGUGUAACGCGAGAAAAGGUUUGGUGGCUGCUUUUGAGCUUUGGUCUCCACAGCAUCUUUAUGUCCUCUGGAGAAGCCUGAGGACUUGGCUGACCAGUGUGGAGGGGGGCUCAGGCAGCUUCACAUUCACCACCUAGGGCUCAGCUGAGCUGCAGCCUUUCCCUGGGAUCUGCCUUUUGUGUAGCAGACUGAUUGCAUUGCCAUGGAAACCAUUGUUGGAAGAGAA